UUGUUCAGAAGAUAAGUCUAAGCUCAUUAAAAUAUAACCAACCCUUUUACAAUCUAUGUAUCUUUCUUGAUCAGACAUUAAAUAUACAGUGCCAACUCUAAAAUACAUACAUAUAUGCAGUGCUCCCUCCAGAUCUUAAAUCCAGCUAUACACAAACACAAUAAGACCAGAUUCUCAAAUCUACAAUAAAAAAAUCCAACCCCUUUUAAUUAACUGCACACAAAUUUCUGCUCCCCAUAUUUCCCCAACAUUGAACCAGUCAAUAUCUUUCCUUCUCAGCCAAUAAUCACCCAAAAUGAAGAUUGAAAUAGUAUCCACACAAGCAAUCAAGCCUUGCACAGUCACCCCUCCCCAUCUCAGAGAUUUCAAGCUCUCUUUCAUUGAUGAGAGGAUUCCACCUUCUUACAUACCUCUCAUCCUUUACUACACUUCCAAUGAAGACAGCAACAUUAGCCAAUCCGAAAUGUGUGAUCGUCUCAAGACCUCGCUCUCGGAUGCUCUGGCACAGUUCUACCCCCUGGCAGGGCGCAUGAAAGGCCAGAUAUCAGUGGACUGCAACGACGACGGGGUCUUGUAUGCCGAAGCUACUGCUGAUGCCAAUGUGCUGGACAUUGUUGAAUCCCCUCAUCCUCAAAUUCUGGACGACCUCGUCCCCUUCGUCACCAAUGGCUACGUUUCAGACGCUCCAGAGCAGCUUGCAGUUCAGGUGACCUCCUUCAACUGCGGCGGAAUCACAAUCGGCCUAUGCAUUUCCCACAGAAUCGCCGACGGCUGCACGCUGAGCUCGUUCAUCAAACACUGGGCCGCCACAGCACGCGGCGACGGGAGCAGCGGCGCCUCCCCCGUGUUCAACUCCGCCACCCUCUUCCCUCCCCGCAACACCCCCGACUUCACCCCAAACUCCAACAGCCCCUCCGUGCAACCCCUCUCCCCGAAUCUCGUCACUCGGAGAUUCAUCUUCACGCCCUCAUCAAUCCAAUCUCUCCAGCGAGAGGCGGCAGCAAGCUCCGGCAUUCUCAAACCCACGCGCGUGGAGGUCGUGACGGCGCUGAUAUGGAGCCGCUGCAUGGCGGCGAAAGGGGCCGGCAACGGCAACGGCAAGGGCAAGGGCAAGUCCGUCGCGUACCACACCCUCAACCUCCGGGGGAAGGUCCCAGCGCUGUCGGAGAACUCGUUCGGAAACCUCUUUCAAAUGAUCAGGGCUGAAAGUGGCGCAGCUGAGGCCGGGUGGGUCCCGCUUGUGGGGAAGCUGAGAGCCGCGUUCGACAAGGUCGACGACGAGUAUGUGAAGAGGCUGUUGGGGGAGAAGGGGUUCGAUUUGGCCAAGGAGAAUUUCAUGGAGAUUAGCAGGGUGUUGGCGGCGGGGGAUGUGGAGGUUUUCAGGUUUAGUAGUUACUGCAGAUUUGCAGUUUAUGGAGGUGAUUUUGGGUGGGGGAGGCCUGUUUGGGUGAGCAACAGUAGCUAUAGAAACAAGAAUUGUGUCUUCUUGUUCGAUUCAGUGGAUUGCAGUGGAGGGAUUGAGGCGUGGGUUGUGAUGAGUGAUAGAGAUAUGGAGAGACUAGAGCAGGAUUUGGAAUUUCCAAGUUUUGCUUCUUGUUUUCUUUCCUGAUGGGUUUGUGUAAAAUGUUAAGAAGAGAUGAUUUCAAUGUUCAAUUCAUGGUAAGAAAAUUGAGUUUCAUGUCAGCAGGUGAAGCAAAUUUGAAUCCUUGAUUAACUUAUAAUACAAGAAAUACAUCUUAAAAA